UGGAAGCAACAUCCGAGCACAUUAAUAUCCAGUAAUCCACAUCAUCAUCACCCAGCUAAUAAACUACCCAAAAUAGUGAUGCAAACAGAUGCCGAACAUGAAGACUCUCUCGAGACAUCCAAGUUCCUCCCACCGACCCAAUCUCCACUAAAACAGCGAAGAGACUUCUUACCAUCGAAAAUCCGCUCAUGGAUCGAUUUCCUCAACUCCGACACCGAUAAAUUCCGCGUCGCAAGCUCAGCGUGCGCCGCAUGCGCUUUCCUCAUCUUCCUGAUCAACGUGUCGAUCUUCGUAUGGGCUACAGGCCAUCGCGGGUGGCCCGCCACAGGCCGCCAGUGGCUCUUCCGCGGCAACUGCGAGAAAACGGCUCGACUCAACUCGUGGUUCCAUUUCUUCAUCAACGUCAUCAGUACCUUGCUGCUUAGUUUUAGCGGGUACUGCAUGCAGUUCCUGUCUGCUCCAACUUCGCUGGAAGUAUCACGUGCACAUGCACGAGGGCGAUGGCUGCAUAUCGGCACUCUGAGUAUGAGGAAUUUUAGAGAUAUCAGUGUGAAGAGAAGUUGGAUGUGGGUUGCGUUGGUUGUGACGAGUUUGGGUUUGCAGCUCUCCUACAACUCGAUGAUUUUCAUGACCGAUACUACGAAUGAGUACUGGCCUAUCCAAGUCUCGUCGGCGUUUGCGAAUAAUUCGUCUGCACCGUUUUCGUAUGACCCGUCGUUCGAGAAUGCAGCAUUGUUCUCUGAGCAGCGGGUUCUGCCAGGUUGGCGAGAGAAGUUCACCGUCCAGAAGCAAACGUUCGAAACCGAAGUCGAAAGAUUAAGGUCGCUACUAGAAAAACAUGAAUUGGAGCGUUUAGAGCCGAUGGACUGCAUCCGCGCCUUCAACGUCAAAUACCAGACCUCAUAUGGCAGCGUCCUCCUCGUUUCCAACAACUCCACGUCUGUGGUACACAACCAGUGCGACUGGGUCUGCCUAGACGGAAUGAACGGGUGCGAAGUCUGCUAUCCUCGCUAUUCCUCAUCGUGGAUGUGUCCUGGUGUCGAGGAAACCUUAGGCGGAUGUCUCCCGUUCGCCCAGGAGCUGCUGGGCAAUGCAACGCGCUGGAAACCCGGCGAUGUUUUGGACGGCAGCCUUACAACGCGCUACUGUCUUGCCGAGAGGAAAGAAGCUACUUGCAUGCUUCAGACGAAUCCUUAUGUGGGGAUCAUUGUCAUCACCAUGACUUUGGUGAAAGCUGUGGUCAUGUUUCUGGUAUCACGGCAGUAUACGGGCUGCUCGCUCGUGACGGUCGGGGAUGCUAUUCGCUAUUUUUUGGAGACUCCGGAUCCGUAUACUACGAAGAUGUGUCUUGCAUCGUAUCGGGACUUCCAAAAAAUGCGCAAGGAAUGGAACUUGACGCCGAAGAAAUAUACUCCCACGCAUUUCCGGUGUUGUCUUCCAGGAGGCAGGCUUCAGUGGGCUAGUAGUAUCAUACUGUGCGCUGUACCCAUAGGAUUCGGAUUCUACUGGUUCGACUCCAAAGGCGCGUUCGACAAAGGCAGCACAAUAAUCUCCCUAGGCCUCGGUCCCGCCUCCAACUUUGCGCCCGAUAUAACGCAAUUCGCGGACUCGAUUCGCCUCUCCAACGACAAAACCCAUUCCAAAGAUUUGCUCAGCCGCAUUUUCAUGGCUAACAUACCGCAAAUCUGGCUCGCGGCGCUGAAACUCCUGACUAACGGGUUUAUCACCGGUAUUUGCACCGAGCUCGAAUGGGCGUCUUACGCCGAUAGGAGAAAAGGCUUGCGAGUGUCUAGCAAUCGGAGGGAUAGCCAGCGCAGUACGUAUUUUCUGCAGCUUCCGUAUCGCUUUUCUAUCCCGCUGCUUGUGGUUUUUGGGAUACUGCAUUGGCUUGCGUCGCAGAGUUUCUUUGUGGCUGAUGAUGAUGUUGGGGCUACGCUGGGGAUUUCACCGUUGGGUUGUGUGAUAUCACUCGCGAUUCUAGCUGUGAUUAUGGUGUAUCUGGUAGUACAGGGACUGUGGACCGUACAUAUUCAGAUGCCGUUGAUGGGGAGCUGCAGCGCGGUGAUUGCGGCGGCGUGCCAACCUAGAGACGAUGUGGAGAUGAAGGAAGCGCAUUCAAAACCAGUUCAAUGGGGUGUUGUGUGUGAGCCGAUGUAUUCUGGAAUUGAUGAGAUUUCUCAUUGCGGGUUCUCACAUGAGUAUGUGGAUAUACCUGUAGGAGGUAGAGUGUAUCUUUAA